GGUCUAUCCACCUGCAGAAGCCUCUUCCCCUGCACUACUCACUUGAGCGUCGCAGCGCGCACGGCUCAUCCCCAGGAACAACUCUUUUGUUUCUUUUCCUCCUCGAGUGGAAAACACAAUCUGUUGAUGCGAUUUAGACAUCACUUCAAGUUAAGGCGGGUGCGUCAAGUUAAUUUUAAUCCGGGCUUUGUUGUUUGGCUGUGGGAUAAUCGUGCAAGAUCCGCGGAUACACUGAUACUCUGCGUGCGGACACAGGAGCUCAGAGGAUCUGGGUGGAUGGUUUUUAAUACUGACCAGCUGUAUAAUAGUAUUCACCGGACGUAACCACAAGCUCCUGGAUUCUCCUUUCCCCCUGUUAACAAACAGUGGGACAAUGUUGUGGGACAAACUGUGCUGGCUGCUGGCCCUGCUGGCCUUAUCAUCUGGGGCGCUGCCCCCCUCCAAUGAGCCCCUCUCUGCUCCAAGGAUAUUCCUGUCCUUCAAAGAGUUGAAGUCUACUGGCACUGCUCACCACUUCUCCUUUCUCCUGAACUCCACCGACUACCGGAUCCUUCGCAUGGAUGAGGACCACGACCGCAUGUACGUGGGCAGCAAAGAUUAUAUCCUCUCUCUGGAUCUGCACGACAUCAACAAGGAGCCGCUCAUAAUCCACUGGCCUGUCGCUCCACAGAGGAAGACGGAGUGUGUGUUGUCAGGCAAAGACACCAAUGGGGAAUGUGGAAACUUCAUCCGUCUGAUAGAACCGUGGAACCGGACCCACCUGUAUGUCUGUGGAACAGGAGCGUACAACCCCAUCUGCACCUACGUGGACCGAGGACGCAGGUCACAGGGUUCCCACUACCUACAGGCAACCCAAUCUGGAGGGAGAACAAGUCGGGCAGCAGACUACAGCACAACAUCAGAGCCUUUGGAGGCGAAGGAAUACAUUUUCCGACUUGAACCUGGUAAAGUGGAUUCUGGGAAGGGAAAAUGUCCUUAUGACCCCAAACUUAACAGCGUCUCAGCUUUGAUCAAUGGAGAGCUCUAUGCAGGAGUCUACAUUGAUUUCAUGGGAACAGACUCUGCUAUCUUCCGUACGCUAGGGAAACAGACCGCUAUGAGGACUGAUCAGUACAACUCCAGAUGGCUAAAUGAUCCAACAUUCGUCCAUGCACACCUCAUUCCUGACAGCGCCGAGAAGAAUGAUGACAAGCUUUACUUCUUCUUCCGUGAGAAAGCCUCUGAGAUGGGCCAGAGUCCCAUGACACAGUCCAGGAUAGGACGGAUCUGCCUGAACGACGAUGGCGGACACUGCUGUCUGGUCAACAAGUGGAGCACCUUCCUCAAGGCCCGUCUCAUCUGUUCUGUGCCUGGAGCUGACGGCAUAGAGACACACUUUGAUGAACUAAGGGAUGUGUAUAUCCAGCCAACUCAAGACACCAAGAACCCUGUCAUCUAUGGCGUAUUUUCAGUCUCAGGAGCUGUGUUUAAAGGCUCGGCGGUGUGCGUCUACUCCAUGGCUGACAUCCGAAUGGUCUUCAAUGGGCCUUUUGCUCACAAGGAGGGGCCCAACUACCAGUGGGUGGCUUACUCUGGGAAGAUUCCCUACCCUCGACCUGGAACUUGUCCAGGAGGCACUUUCACCCCCAACAUGAAAUCCACUAAGGAUUACCCAGAUGAGGUGAUCAACUUCAUGAGAAACCACCCAACCAUGCACAAUGCUGUAUACCCAGUGCACAAGCGCCCCCUGGUGGUCAGAACCAACGUGGACUAUGAGUUUACCACUAUUGCAGUGGACCAAGUGACGGCUGCUGAUGGGAGCUAUGAGGUUCUCUUCCUGGGCACAGAUCGAGGAACCGUCCAGAAAGUGAUUGUUCUACCAAGAGACGACCUGCAGACAGAGGAGCUGGUGUUGGAGGAAGUGGAAGUCUUCAAGGUUCCCACUCCAAUUACCACCAUGAAGAUUUCAUCCAAACGGCAACAACUGUACGUAGGAUCCGUGUUGGGCGUGACCCACCUGGCCCUCCAUCGGUGUGAUGUGUACGGGGAGGCCUGUGCCGACUGUUGUCUGGCCAGAGAUCCGUACUGUGCCUGGGAUGGUAAAUCCUGCUCCAGAUACUCAGCUUCACAGAAGAGACGCAGCCGUCGGCAGGAUGUAAAGUACGGCAACCCUAUACGUCAAUGCAGAGGUUAUAACUCUAAUGCUAAUAAGAACACUCUGGAGUCCGUUCAGUAUGGAGUUGAGGGUAGCACUACCUUCCUGGAGUGUCAGGCGAGGUCUCCUCAUGUGUCUCUCAAAUGGCAUCUUCAGAAAGAAAAUAGUGACCGAAGGAAAGAGAUUCGUUCAGAGGGUCGGAUCCUGAAAACUGAACAAGGUCUCCUGAUCCGCUCACUGCAGUCCUCUGACAGCGGCAUCUACCAGUGCACGUCCACAGAGAAAAACUUCAAGCACACACUCGUCAAACUGCAGCUCGUGGUCCUUUCCAGUCGCACAGUUAACAACGUCCUGGUGGAGACGGGCAGCCCGGCUCUUCCUCCGCUGCAGUCCAGCGCCUGGACUCCGAGUGCAGGCCAGUAUAAGGACCUUCUGACCAUCCUGAGUCAGCCAGAGAUGGGCCUGAUCAACCAGUACUGCCAGGAUUACUGGCAGCUUGGAGACAGCAGCCUCGGGGACACGAUGUCCACUAAAGCCAAAAGCCUGAAAGAGCUAAAAGAACAGAAGAAGCCCCGCAACCGUCGGCAUCAUGAUGAGGAAACGACUCCGGCUGAGACAUGAGGAGCUGGACUGUCACAUCCAAACACCCCGAAUCUACCUUUUCACACCACCUCCGAAACACUGCAACCCUCCAAAUAGGGAAAAGACUCCAGUCACAUGAUAGAAAAUCUAAUUAUCAUAAUGGACAAGACAGAUAUUGCAACCAAAAGCAACAGUGUCAAACAGUUUGUAUACUGUUGGAAAAAAUACACAAUAUUUAUUGUAGGUUGUAAAAAGUAAUUCUUUGUACCUAUCUAGAAAACAUGUUUUUUGUGAAUAGGUAACUCUGUGCAAAUAUUGUUGUUAUUAUAAUAUUAUUGUUAGUGUUAUUGUUUAUUACAAUGUGUUAUUAUGUUGAAAAUAUGUUUAUGUUUGGUGUUUUUGAGAAACAGCAACAAUAACUCGGUGAUGGGACAUUGGGAGGAUCCACCUAAGGAGCAUGUAUUGUAGGCUACCACGUUGGAUUACUUGACUGCUGGCAGUAUUCAGUCUCUAAGCUGGAAGUCGGGUCACUGUUGUGGUGAAUUUCUCGAACUUCCCUAAAUGUCUUCACCAGAACUCUACUCUACUGUAAAUCGGACAGUUUUUUUACUGCAAGAUACAAGCUGUUGACAGAAAGAUGGCAAAAACGGCAUUUCACGGGACAUGUAUGGAUAAAAAAAAAUGCCCGAAGACUGCGUCGUACAGUCACGUGAAUGAAAAGAUGAACGAUGUCUCAGUAGCCUCCUUUCAUUACGUCGUCCAGUCAGCCCUCAAUCUUAAAUCACCUGCCGAAAUCUUCCAAAAUCAGUUGCUGCCAAGUGUUUGUUUUGUUUAUAUGUGAAUAUCACAUCUCAAUGUUGUAUCCUUAACAAACGUGAUCUUUGUGAUAAGCUGUUUUAUGGGGGUAAAGGGUCUUUUAACAACACAAAAGCUGAAAAUAACAUUGCCUUCUCUUUUCUCUUUUGAGAUAAGGAAUUCCAGCAGGCAGCUAAAUGUGAGUUUGUGACAUUUUGUGAUUUAAAAAAAAAAAAAAUUUUCGAAGCAAGGCACCUUCUGUUCCCAAAGUGGUGAUCCCAACAAAGAGUGAAUACUUCACAUAUAUCUGUGGCAAAUGCAGCAGAGUCAGAGCAUGCACUUUGUUUGCUCUGCGGACCCUGUAGAGUAAAUCCAAAGUCUGCAUUCCUGCCAGUUUCAUAACAAAUAUUGGUCCUAUUUAGCCAUAAAAUAAGACUCUUAAAUUGAAUAACAGCUCACUUGCAAUUUGAAGGUCUACAAUUUUGACUGAUUGAGGAUGGUGAUUAUGUUGUAUCAGCUGGUUAAACAAUAAAUUCAGUAAAUUUGGUUAUAUUUGCUGUUAUAUAAGAUGUUUGUACUGAGUAACAUACAGUGAAAUCGACACAAGCACAAUAACAAAGUGAUCACCACAAAACCUGAAGAGAAACAUACCAAAAUAUCCAGAAGGUUACUUUUCAUUGUGCAUGGCAUGUACAGUGUAUGUAUAUGGUAUUUGUCUAAAAUGCUAUGUUGCUGUGGAUGUCAGUGAAUGUCUUUCUCAUUGUGGAAAUAUGGAAAUACUAUCAGUGCAAGAAAGAUGUGCUCACACCUUCUAUGGUAAGAAAUGCUGAAAGUACAGAAAGGUCAGAUUGUGAUUUUAAAACCUCUCUUUUUGGUUCUCUUCCUCUCUAUCUCUAUCUCUAUCUUGUCUGUCUCUUUCUUUGUACGUCUCUCUGCCCCUCUUUUUUUUUUUUUUUGCAAACAAAUUUGCAUAUAUUUCAAAUGUGCAUCUAUUUUUUUCUGUUAUUUUCUCUUUUUGGCAGACUUUGCUCUGGGUCAUUGAGGUAAAGCAAUGUAUGAUAUAAUGCACAGUUGAUGUUAUUGUAAUGACUUGUAAAAAAUAUUAUCUUUUCUUCCUCAUCCAUGUUGCUGACUAAUAAAUUAAAGCUCUAUAUUUUAUAAUAACAGAGAUUCUC